GGCGGGGCAAGAGGUCCCGCCCCGGCGUUGAGACGCGCCCACGGAGAUGUCCCACGGAGGCCACGCCAGCGGCGGGAAGAGAAAAAGGAAUUGGGAUGUCGAAUACCCUUUUCUUCCAAGAGAGGGACCAGUGCGAUCCAGAGAUGCACAACUCGGGACAGUGGGUGCAGCUGCCUCCCUCUCAGAAGCCUGGCUCAAGUGCGGAGAAGGAUUUCAGGACUCUUUUGGAACUCCGGUAUUAACAGCUGAAAAGAAGACUAUAGCAGAAAAACACCCUGAAUUAUCCCCUAGACCCAAGGAAGGAAAUUUCACAUCUAAUAAUGCAAAUGAACCUACAGAGAUAAUAUGGAGUUCCAGUGGAAGUGAUCAGUCACAUGAAGAAAAGCCAAUUUCUAAUUCACCAAAUGAUAACAGACAGUAUUCUAGAAUAGACAGGUUUUGCAACAGAAGAAGUUUGUGUCUAGAAGAUGGAGCCAGUGAAGAUGAACUACAAUUUAUUGACUGGGAAAUAGAUAGUGACAGGGAUGAUGCUAAUGGAAGUGAUGAAUUUAAAGAAGGUGAGAGUACUGUGGAGAUAUCAGACUGUGCUUCUGGUGCAAGUUCUUGCUCCUUGACAAGGGAAGAGAGGCUGUCUGAGCUUCCCCAGAUAAGUUCUACAGAAAUUUUAGAGUAUUCAUCAGACAGUGGGAAAGAAGAAGACUCAGAUGAUGUCCUGUUUAUUGACUCAGAAUCCCCUCACAAAAACCAUGUGGAUUUUGGCUCAGAUGGAAGACAGAUGAUGGAGAGGACGGCGGAGCGUGGGGUAAAAUCUGCAGAGACCAGGCUGUGUACACCCCAGAAACAGAUCAGUACAUUUCCUAGGACUCCGGAAGAUUCCGUAAAGAAGAAGAGGCCUAUAAGAGGUGGGCUAGCAGAAAGACUAAGUGAACUGCAGAAUCGAGAGAGAUCUGCCAUUUCUUUCUGGAGACAUCAAUGCUCUUCUUACCAAAGGAGACAUGAAGGGAGAAAAGCAGGUGUAUUAAUUGUGAAAAUUCUGGAGCUGCAUGAGGAAUGCUCCCUGCAGGUGGCCAUGUGUGAGCAGUUGGAAGGGCUAAAGCCUGACAGCCCCUCUCCAGGUGUGUCCCCUGGCCCCAGGCCCUUCCUGAAGGUUCUCUUCACCAAGGAGACUGCAAGCUACCUUAAGGGACGUCCCCAGGACAUCGUACACAUCUACCCUCCCUGGCAAAAACUUGUUAUCCCAGAUGGAAGUUGCCCUGUUAUUCUGAACACUUAUUUCUGUCAGAAAGUUCUUGCCAAAGAAGACUCAGAAACUACAGGGAUGCUGCAGCGCCAGGACUCUUCACUUCUAAGAAGGAGCACUAGUUUGGCCCGAAUGUUUAGGCUUAAGGAUCUAACACCAGAAGUGCAGCUGAGCUACAGUUACCUGAUACUAAGAAGUUUGGACCUCCAUGUGAAGAUUGGGUGGGAUGAAAACAGACCCCGGUACUGA